ACAAAUAUAUAUUUUCUAAUGGUGAUUUCUAUGGUUGCAGUAUAUACUUUACCAAUUGAAAGAAACGAUAAAAUAAUUAACUUUGAUGAAAAUGGAAACUACUUUGAAGGUGAUAUGAAUUUAAAUCCUAAUCAAUUAGAGAGUAUUGUAAAUCCUAAAACACGUAAUGGUAUCUCAAAUGAAAAAUAUCGUUGGCCCAACAGAGCCGUUUAUUAUUUCAUUGAUAAGAAAUAUUUUAAUGAAAGUCAAGUUAUGUAUAUUCUGAAAGGUUUACGUACAAUUUCUUCUGAAACAUGUAUCCGUUUUUAUCCUUGGUCAGAGGAUGUUAAUGACUAUGUAAACAUUACAGGUAGAACUGAGGGCUGUUAUUCAAGUGUCGGUCGACAAGGUGGUAUGCAAAUUUUGAAUUUGAAGCCAUAUGAAGUUGGAACAGGUUGUUUUCGAUUGGGAACAAUAAUACAUGAAAUGAUACAUGCUCUUGGAUUUUAUCAUCAACAAAGUGCAGCCGAUCGAGAUUUAUAUAUUAAAAUUGUUGAUGAAAAUAUUUCUGAGGGAAAACAUUCAAAUUUUUUUAAGUAUAAUUCUAGUUUUGUUUCAGACUAUCAAAUUUCAUAUGAUUAUGAUAGUAUAAUGCAUUACAGUUUUUAUGCAUUUUCGAAAAAUGGUAUGAAAACUAUUGAAUCAUUGGACGAAGAUAUACAAGUUGGCCAGCGUGAUAAAAUGAGUGAUAAAGAUAUUAAAAAAUUAAAUUUAAUGUAUGAAUGCAAACGAUUGUAA